CAGCAGUACCUCUAGGAGCAGCAGCGACCAUCCGUUUUUAGCGACCCUGCAGUAGCAGCAACCGGAGCGACGAGGAAGUGGGAGGAGGAGAAGGAGUAGGACGACGACGAGAGGCGCACAUGCUCGCCCGCUCGCUCUAUCGAAUCGAUCCAUCCAUCGAUCCAUCUCCCUCCAGACCCGCCCAGCCCAGUCCAGUCCAACCAAGAAGCGGACAAUCAGCCCCCCGUCAUCGCCCCAAAAACGAGCUGACUACGCGAAUCGACCCCCGGCCACGCUCGCGAGAUCGCUCUCUGGGGGGCGCAAGAAGCGGUGACGGGCAGCAGGCCCAACCAGCAAUCAAGCAAGCAGCUCGCUGGCCCACAACCGACCGUCCGGCCGUCCUUUUUUUCUUUUCGCUUUCCUUCCUCGUUCCUCGUUCCUCGGCUCGCGGGCGCCAGUUGCCCGCUCCAGCGACGCGCAGCCGCAGCGGGAGCGCCCGCCCUGUUCGAGCCGUUUCGUUUGCUUGCUUGCGUGCGCGCGAGAUGGCGCGCUGCCUGGCCCCAUCGAGCGGCCGCCCGCCGCCGCCACCGCUACCCGCUGGCCAUGAGCCGGGUAUUGGCGUGGCGUGGCGUGGGCGUGGGCGCGAGCGUGGGCGUGGCGUGUGCAAGGCCGCAAGCAGCCGUCUGCUGGCUGCUAUGCUAUGCUAUGCUACUGCUGGCUGGCUGGCUGCUGACUGCUUCUGCUGCUGGCUGCUGUUGCUUAUGCUGCCAACCGGAGAGGGGAGCAGCUACCAACCUACCAACCUACCUACCUACCUAGGCGGGUGGGUGUGGAGGCGCUUUUCGGCUAGCUACUGGCAGCCAGAGGCACACUGGGCUGGGCUGGGCUGGCUGGCAGGCAGGCAGAUGUCGCACGAGCGCGCGGCGGGGCACGCUGUUUUGAGCGCGCGCGCUUGCUUGCUUGUUGCUCUUGCGCGCUCUCUUUUCCUCCCCUCCCCUCCCCUCCCCGCUUCUCGGAGUAAGUAGGUAGGUUGCUUGGUUGGUAGCCAGGUAAGUACGUACGUCGCUCCAGUGCUCGCUCGCGUUGCGGGGCUGGCGUCAUUGUCCCGUGAUGCUGUAGGCAUGUGGCUAGGUAGGGAGGUAGGUAGGGCACACACGUACGUACGUACAUACAUACACACAUACAUAGCUAGGUUCGUACGGAGGUACUGGAGGUAGGGGAGGCAGGGGAGGGCAGGGAAAAACCAGCCGUGCCCGUGUCGUGACUUGCCCUGCCCUGCCCUGCCUUGCCUUGCCUGCCUGGUAGUUACCCACCCACCUACCUACCUACCCUACGUCCCAAGCACCACUUCUGCUGUUUCUGCUGCUGUUGGCGGUGUAGCUUCCACACCCCCGCUGCCGCUGCAGCAGCAGCAGUAGCAUUCGCGGCAGGGAGGCAGCCGCAGCAGCCCUGAAUUCGAUGGAUUUUCAGUACUCCUACGGU